AUGAGUUCCCUUCACGUUCUUCUCGUUGCAGUAGCCGUUCUUGGCCACCUCAGCUCCGGUGCAGACAAAGAAAUUGACGAAUAUCCAAGGUUGAAUCUUGUCGAAGAGCGAAGAGUUAUUGAUUUCUUCCAUUUGCAAGUUCGCCGAAAUGCUGCUCUCGGCAAGAAAUACAAGGGAGCAAAACUUGGCAUGGGAGGACAGCUGUAUGCGCUGAAGUAUGAUCCCAAAAUGGAACUGGAAGCUUUCAGUUUUGCCAAAUACCAGCAAACGCCAAAAGAAGGACGUGGGAUAAUCUCGUUCGAAGGAGAUUAUCCAGGGGAUCUUGUGAUGGUAUUGGAUACGUUCCUGAGGAACCAGACAGCUGUACAGCAGAUGAUUUACCCGUUUGCAACACGAUACGGAUGCUGGAUGAGACUUUUGAAUAAAGUGAAACCCUAUCAAGCAAAGUUCUAUUGUGUUUAUGAUAGAAAGCCAAUGGCAUGUGAGAAAGACAGCGAUUGUAUCUACCAACCUGCAGAAUGUAGAAAAAGCUUGUGUUACCUUAAGGACAAAUGA